UUCUCUGCUGGCUUUCGGGAAGGGAAGGAAAAGGAGGAACACGAGGAGAAACCACUACUCAAUCUACUGACGAAUAACAACUGUCUCAGAGCGCUUGAAAGUAUUUUUCUGCUGAUUUAAUUCCCUCUGUGUGAGACAUUUCAUCGAGUUUAACAGAAACGCGUGUUAAUUCGCUAACGCGCUAGCUCUUAUCGGAAGAGGAGGAGGACCCACAGCAGCCACGGACCUCGCUUCAGUAUCGACUUCCAAACCAAAAUGGCUUGUAUAUCGACGUCCGAGUUGGGAUGUGUGGAAUAUGUCAGCUCUGUCUUCUUCAGCCUGCCUUCGCCCUGUCUCCUCUCUCCUGCUGUCUGUAAGUGUGUGAGCCUGAUGAAUCCUCAGUGCAGAGCUGCUGUGAGUGUGAACAUGGCGAGAGCCGGGGACAACAUGAGCGCCGACUGCCUUCACUGCUGGCUCACACCGGGAGCUAACCGGCAACAUGCCCUUGCCGUUUAAACACCAUGGACACCUUGGGGAUUUGACAAUAUUGAAUCCGGACAGUAUUCUGAACUGCGACACUUUGUUGUUGACUGUUAGUUUCUUAGUAGCUAAUAUUUAGCAGCAUAUGAAAGUGACAGGUUUCUCACGCGCGCGCUUGCUAGCUAACGCUAAUGUUAUCCAGCUGGCGCUCUGACUUCCUCCGACUGCAGGUAUUUCAGGCAACUUAACUAGUUAACGUUUAAAGUCUUCAUUUACACUUUUUUUUCUUUCAGUUAACAGUUAGGUAUUAAACUAGGCUUGUCAAAAUAGAGAGAGAGGAAAAAAAAAAAAAAAAAACUCGAUUAGCUCACUAGCUAAGAAGUUACCGGUGACUUCAGUUGUAGCCCUGCCGGGUUUUUUAAUCUUCUAGGCUUCAAAUUUCCUAACCCUAUUUAAUAUUUUGGAAUAAUUAAUAUAUAAUAAUGUAUAGAAGUAUGAGCUCGGAGGAACACUUCUCUGAGAGGGGUUCAGGGCCCAGAACCACCACCACAGCAGCUGCUAGCCUGGAGGUGGGGAACGGCAGCUCGGCUAGCUCCUGGAUUAGCAUGCUGUCAGCAGUGUCGAGGCCUGCGUGGGCUCUUCUUCAGAAAUACCUGCCUGGAAGAUCCAACACUUGGUCCGACGAGGCAGGAAAAUCCAACCCUUACUUUGGCCAUCAGCUAAUGGCAGGUUUUGAUAACCUUCUGCCUUCUGAGCAGAGUUCAGCUCCCCUGCGUGUAGCUUAUGUUCACUGUCAGCAUGAAAACGGCGGCUUUCUGACUUCCGGCGAUGCAGAAACCCUCAGCUGGUGGACAGCAGACUCUCUGAGGGAAUUAGGGAUUCAGGACGCUGUGAAUACGACUCUUAAGGCUCAACAAACAGACCCAGGGGAAUACAGGUACCUCAAAUCGACCAGAAAGCUUCUCAGCCGGGUUCUGGCCCCGAAAGAAGGAAAGCACACUGAGCCCAUGCAGCCCAAGCUGGGCGUUUGGUACCCAAGUCCAUCCACGAAAUCUAACACUAACACCUGGUGGUGGCAGGGGCUUUGGAGAUCUGACGACCCUCAAAACACUCUACCUGCUUUGUACCAGACUAGAACGUCUGCUGAUGCUGAAACAAAGUCCCCGCAUUGUGGAGAGCACCACAGUAGUGGGCAUUGUGAGCCAGAUGGCCAGAGGUCAGCUGUUGCACUCGAUAAGCCGGUAGAACCGUUGGGACUCAGCACCGAGGCUGAAUGCACAUGCAGCGAACGUGCUGGAUCGCCACGCUUCAAAGAGUCAGCUGACCAUACAAGCCUUCACACAGCCAGGCUGGAAUUCCUCGCAAACUCGGACUGCCUUCCAUCAGUCCAUGAACACAGCGUUUUAGAGCAUCAAGUCAGUACCAGAGCUGCUGCCGCCUGCAGUGAGGUGGCAGUUCUGACCCCGGAUCAGGACAAUGGCUACUCUAGUUUGGAGGAAGAAAGUGCCAGUGCAAGGCAGUGUAAUAUGAAAGCUGUUUGUGUAUUGUCGGACCUUGACAAUUCUGCUGCUUCUCAGGCUGGCGAUCAUGGGCACGGAGGAGAGGAGGACAAAUCUGCAGGGAAUACUCUUUGCGAGAGGGUCGAGAACAAGGAGGAGGACAAGGAGGAGGAGAAAGCGCAAAACACAGAGUCUGCGAUUGUACAUGAGGCUUUGCCGGUUCAAUCCACCCCUCGCUGUCAGAAUAAGGCGAUCGCAUACAUCAUGGGCAGCCCCUGCAGCGACGAGUCAGACAUGGAAGAUGACAGUGUUCGGGACAGCGAUGACGACGACGGCUUCGACAGCGACGCCUUGGACAGCUAUUCUGACUCUGAGGACCCUGAGGAUAGUGAUGAUGAGGAUGAAGAGGAUGAGGAGGAUUCAGAAUCUGAUGAACUUGACUCUGAAAAUGAGAGAACGUGGAAUUCUUUGUGCCAAACCAGGGAUCCUUAUAACCCUCUCAAUUUCAUGGCCCCUAUUCGGACGUCCCGGAAACUCAGUGCAUCUGCGGUGAAUCCGUCCCCUGUGGGAUCCCCAGAAGAGCCCGAUUCCCUUUUGUGUUCCUCCCCAUCAUCCCCUCCUUCACCUCUGGGAGGAACCCAGAAGGACAUGGAGUCCAGCGAAGAGGCCUGUUCAUCGAUGGACGAAGCUGAGAGCCUGAGACUUUGGAACUCCUUCAGCUGCUCAUCAGAUCCCUACAGUCCCCUGAACUUUCAGGCAUCAAUCAGGACUCGGCAGCCAGCCAGACAGCGCUGUAAGAAAGAGACACCAGUUGAGCCUCUGCUCUACAGGAAAGAGGAGGCGGAGGAGAGGAUGGACAGCGGCUUCUCAGAGGCAGCCACUGUCCAAGGCUUCGGAAGUGCUGGAGCUGUCAGGCUGAAAAAGGUGACGUUCAUAGAGGAGGUGGAGGAGUUCUACGCCAGCAGUGACGAGGAGCGGCACGGCCCGUGGGAAGAAUAUGCCCGAGACCGCUGCCGCUUCCAGCGUCGUGUUCAGGAGGUGGAGGAGAGCAUCAGCUACUGCCUGUCUCCCAGCUUCCGCCUUAACAUCUUUCAAAGACGCUAUCCUAGUAGCUGAUUAACAUUUUAAUUUUUUUUUUUUUUUUGUGGUUAUUUUUGAUUGCACGAAACAGAUAAAUUAUAUACAUAUCGGGUCUAAUUCAGGGUGAAGAAGAGGCACGGAAAUGAAAAAGGAAGGCAUAAAGACUCCCGUGUUGCAGUUUCAUCAGUGUGUGUCCGGGUCUAACACUUCACUUGAGUCAUACAGAAAAGAGCCACUGUUCUGUGGAGAGCUUCAUUACAGUAUAGAGGAAUGCAGCUUCCUGAACACCACAAUACAGUAAUGAAGAGAAGAAUGGCUUUUGUUAUAUAAUGUCCAAAAUGGUCUGCGAAUGAAAAGGUCACAGUUUGGACCAAAAAAAAAAGGUUCUAGGCGCCUUUGAAAUGCCAUGUUGUGAGUUCAUCUGCAGGUAUUGUUCAUGUUAAAAGCCACUAAUGCACUAAAUGCAACUCACUUCUAAUGAAUCACUUCUAAAAAAGUCUUAAAUUCAACCUCUCACCUGUAUUAGUGCAACAGUAUUGAAAUCUUGCCCUUUAGUGUUAGAAUUUCCUGUUGCCUUCAUGUACGACCAGGAUUUUAUUUAGGCUGUGUUUAGAUGGGUGGCCAUUUUUUUCCCCCAAGUUUUAGGCAUAAAUUUUCUUACCAGUACCAUCUUUGUUUUCCAUUACUUGCUCCAUAAAGUGGAAAUUUGGAUUUAUUUCUAUAUUAAAUUAUAGUAAUUUAUUUCUAUAGUAAAUUUUCUGUAGUAAACUAAAUUAACACGACACAACUUUGCAGGUGGUCAGAGUGUUUUGUCCCUAGUGCCAUGAAAAAAACUUUUUUGUAUUGUGCGUUGAACAUGUAUUCAAAUUUUUUUUCCUUUCCUGCAAAAAUAACACUCCAGACAUGCCAAUCAUCUCUUCUUUCAUACCAGGAGUAAGGGACGUCAAUAAACCCGGGUCAAAUGUCCUAGCCUUUCUAAAUGCAGCCGUAAAACCUGUUCACUAAUUAACCUUCAAGCCAAAGAUAGCACUUGAGUUCUGUACAGAUCCCUUGCUGGAAGCUCAUUUGUUUGAGUGCACAGCGCUGAGAGAUGAUGUGGAUGAUGAAGCAUCACCACAUGAACACAAGUGAACACACGGUAUUUAUAGAGUUCAGCGAAGCCGAAGGCAGUAUCAGAUCCUGCAUCUGAAGCCUGGCAGGUCUUCACGCUCCAUAUUUGCAUGGUCCUGUGUAAGCGUACAGCCCUAGCUUUCAUUAUGUUCUAAACUCGCUCGAGAAUCACUGUGGUGUGUAUCGUGUCUUAAACGAGAGGUCGUGUCUCUGUAGUCGGAACUGUGGCAGCUGUGACCAAGCGGCUGGAUCUAUGUGUAUGACUAAAAAGAAAUGCAGGGAGCUAAUUGCAUGAUGAUGAUGAUGCUCUAAUGAAGUAAUAUGCUUGAUGUCAAAGCAUAGGGUUAAUCUGUAUAAUUAACAUGGAAGUGUUUUAUUUUUCUAAAACAUUUAGGAGUAUAGUUAUUCAGCAUAUAUUCUGGGUUUUGUCUUAAUCAGUUUAACAUACAAAUAAAACUAUUAUUUAAAUUGA